AUGGAAGCUGCACAUUUUUUCGAAGGGACCGAGAAACUGCUGGAGGUUUGGUUCUCUAGGCAGCAACCUGACGCAAACCAAGGAUCUGGGGAUCUUCACACCAUCCCAAGAUCCGAGUGGGACAUACUUUUGAAGGAUGUGCAAUGUUCAAUCAUAAGUGUGACAAAAACUGACAAGCAGGAAGCUUAUGUACUCAGCGAGAGUAGCAUGUUUGUCUCCAAGAGACGUUUCAUUUUGAAGACAUGUGGUACCACCCUCUUGCUGAAAGCACUGGUUCCCCGGUUGAAACUUGCUAGGGAUUACAGUGGAUUUGACUCAAUUCAAAGCUUCUUUUAUUCUCGUAAGAAUUUCAUGAAGCCUUCUCACCAAGGGUACCCACAUCGGAAUUUCCAGGAAGAAAUAAAGUUCCUUAAUGCAAUUUUCCCAAAUGGAGCAGUGUAUUGUAUGGGACUCAUGAAUUCUGACUGUUGGUACUUGUAUACUUUGGAUUUCCCAGAGAGUAGGGUAAUCAAUCAGCCAGAUCAAACCCUGGAAAUUCUGAUGAGUGAGCUUGACCCAGCAGUUAUAGACCAGUUCUACAUGAAAGAUGGUGUUACUGCAAAGGAUGUCACUCGUGAGAGUGGAAUUCGUGACCUGAUACCAGGUUCUGUCAUUGAUGCCACAAUGUUCAAUCCUUGUGGGUAUUCAAUGAAUGGGAUGAAAUCGGAUGGAACUUACUGGACUAUUCACAUCACUCCAGAACCAGAAUUUUCUUAUGUUAGCUUUGAAACAAACUUAAGUCAGACCUGCUAUGAUGACCUGAUCAGGAAAGUUGUGGAAGUCUUCAAGCCAGGAAAAUUUGUGACCACCCUGUUUGUAAAUCAGAGUUCUAAAUGUUGCACAGUGCUUUCUUCGCCCCAGAAGAAUGAAGGUUUUAAACGUCUUGAUUGCCAGAGCGCUUUGUUCAAUGAUUACAAUUUUGUUUUUACCAGUUUUGCUAAGAAGCAGCAACAACAGCAGAGUUGA